AUGGACAAAAAUGAAAUCCAAGCUUCUCCUCAUGUACUAAAGUCCUAUGAUUCGGGAAGUGGCAAUAGCAUCGAAACAGCUAUGGCCCAAAUCCUGCCAGGACAAACGCUGUCUUUCACCUGCUCCCCCGGAAAUGGCACACUACCCCACCCCCCGCAGGAUACACAUAAAAUCUACCUACAGCUCACAGUUCCUGAGAAGAUUGUAUCACCAGCUGCAAAAAGACGUCCAGAACAUAAUCCAGACAACAAUUAUCAUUUGAGCAUAUUUUUAUAUUUUUUGUCUAGAUCAUUUUUGUCCCCAGGUGCUCUUGUUUAUUAUUAUGACCAAGAGGGCAACAAACAUUUCCAGACAUUGUUAAGUCAGAUGAAUUGCAAUUAUAAUGGAUAUAUUGCAGGUUUUCCAGAUUCUCUUGUGACACUCAACGUUUGUUCAGGACUCAGGGGCACAAUACAAUUUAAAAACAUCUCAUAUGGAAUUAAGCCAAUGGAGGCUGCCUCAGGCUUUGUUCACAUGGUUUAUCAAGAGAGCAAUGGUAAUACAACAAAUAUUCCUGCCUUAGGAGGUGACACUUAUGACUGGUUUAAUGCUGUGCACUAUCAGGCCAGAAGGACCAUAGAAGUAAACAGACCUUCCAAGUUAUAUCCUCGAUCACUUCAAAUAAAUAUUGUUGUGGAAAAAAACCUGUUUGACUACAUGGGCUCUGACACAAAGACUGUAACACAGAAGGUUAUUCAGAUCAUUGGCCUUGCUAACACUAUGCUUGCCCAGUUAAAACUAAGUGUUGUAAUAAAUUCUAUUGAAAUCUGGUCUAAUGAUAAUGAGAUUCCAACUGAUGGACGAGUUGAUCUGAUGUUACUUGAUUUUUUAAAAUGGAAUCAUGAUCAUCUUGACACUCCAACACUUCAUAUAUCAUAUUUAUUUGUUUUUCAGAAAAAUCCUAUUCAAGCAGGUGCUGUAUUUCCAGGAAAAAUAUGUGAUGAGAAUUACGAUGUAGGAAUUGCUGUGUAUCCAGAUGGGUUCUCCUUAGAGUCGUAUACCAUCAUUUUUGUGCAAGUGCUGAGCCUUGGUCUGGGAUUAAGUUUGGAUACAUCCCAGGCCUGCUAUUGUCCAAGAGGUGUUUGUACAAUGAUGCCCAAAGCUGUGAACUACGGGGGUAUCAAGGAGUUCAGCACUUGUAGCUUGGAUGAGUUCAAAUUCUUUGCAUCUGAGGACAGGCUACAGUGUCUUGAGAAAAACCUUGUUGAAAGGCAAAGUCCAGCAUUGGGUGGAAAAUGUGGCAAUGGAGUAGUGGAGGGUGGAGAGGAAUGUGACUGUGGCCCUGAAUCGAACUGUUCACAUAAAAGCUGCUGUAAUCCUGCAGAUUGUACCUUAAAACCUACGGCAGUAUGUGGCUCAGGAGAAUGCUGCACCCAAGAUUGCAGGAUAAAACCAAUUAAUAACCUUUGUCGGAAAGCAGUUGACCUAGAGUGUGAUUUUGAUGAAUAUUGUAAUGGGAACCAAUCAGAAUGUAUGCCUGACACUUUUGUACGCAAUGGACACUACUGUGGUAACAAUGAAGCCUUAUGCUUUAAUGGAGCUUGUCGAAAUUUUGAUGAACAGUGUAAAAGAUUACUUGGAGAAGAUGCUAAAGGUGCUACCUUUGCUUGUUAUGAUGAAAUGAAUUCCAGAGGAGAUAGAUUUGGAAACUGUGGCUCUUCAUUUUGUGCCUUUCAAAAUGUGUUAUGUGGAAAAUUAGUUUGUUUAUGGCCACACAAGAGGUUACUAAUGCGAGUCAAUUACUCAGUGGUUUACGCACAUGUGCGAGAAGAUGUCUGUGUGUCUGUGUUUAAACCCUCUCCAAAACAAGCAGGCACCGUCACGAGAGUUUCUUCUCCUGGACAAAGAGAUGAUACAUUUGUAGAAGAUGGCAGUAUCUGUGGACCUGAUAUGUAUUGUGACAAAAUGGUAUGUAAAGAAGUGCGAUAUCUUAUAAACUAUCAAAAGUGUAACGUUACUAGAGAUUGCAAUGACCGUGGGCUGUGCAACAACUUUGACCACUGCCACUGUUCUGAAGGAUAUACCCCUCCAGAAUGCAAGCCAAUGAGAGGAGGGUUUGGAAGUAUUGAUGAUGGUCACAAAAUCACAACUAAAAUAGGUUAG